CUCAGAAAUUAGGCCUAGCUAAGCCUCCUUCCUUGCCACUAAGUGCUGAAGAAUGGGUAAAACCAAAGCAGGGAUCCCUACAGCAUGGAGGCUCCGUACAGCCUCGUGCAUUAUGUAGGGAAGAGUUUGCACUUCAACCUCAGGUGCUGCUUUCAUGUUUCCAUGUAUUCCAUAAAGCAUGUCUGAAAGCCUUUGAAAAAUUUACAGAUAAAAAGUCUUGUCCUAUUUGUAGAAAAAAAAAGCAGUAUCAGACCAGAGUACUACAUGACAGAGAAUGCUUGUUUAAAAUAAAGUGCACUGUUAGAAUUCAAGCUUCCUGGAGUGGAUAUAUGAUUAGAAAAUAGCAUAAAAAGCUAAGAAACAUAGUGCCUCCAAAAGACAGAAAGGAAUUCCUUAAGAAAAAGGUUCAACAGCUCAGCAAUCAACUAUUGAGUUCUUAUGACAUCCACCUAAAUGACUUUUUUUUUUUAAAGCUAGAUUCUUCAGCUGCAAGUUGAGAUAUAAUUCAGCAGUCAUAAGGAAAAGAAAUAUUAGUAAGUGAAACCAACUGGGAAAAGAUCCAGAUGCAGGCAAUUCAUCACGAGAUAUUUGACUGUCCUAUCUGUAUCAUGUCACUCAGUCCUAGAGUCCAUCCUGCCCAUCUCUCUUCUGGUAACAGCAACCAGUUUUCGCAACACUUGACAGAAAAAAGUUCUUGUUCACAUUUGUUCCAUCAUGCCUGGCUUCAAGCAUUUGAAGAGUCUUCCUUGGGAGAGCGACCUAUUUGUCCCUUAUGUCACUCUUAUCAGAAGAAAAUCUUCACAUGUUGA